AAGUCAGGACCCAAGGGCAAGCAAGCCAAGGUGACGAAGAAGUUCAUCAUCAACGCUUCGCAACCCGCCAGCGACAAGAUCUUCGAUGUCGCCGCUUUCGAGAAGUUCCUCCAGGACAAGAUCAAGGUCGACGGCCGUGUCGGAAACCUCGGUGAUGUUGUGGAAAUCAAGCAGGCCGGCGAUGGCAAGAUCGAGGUCACUGCCCACGGACCAUUCUCUGGAAGAUACCUCAAGUACCUCACCAAGAAGUUCCUCAAGAAGCAGCAGCUGAGAGACUGGCUCCGUGUCGUCUCUACCUCCAAGGGUGUCUACGAGCUCAGAUUCUUCAACGUCGUCAACGAUGAGGCUGAUGAGGAUGACGAGUAA